UCCCGUGCGCCCCUCCCUCCUAGGCCUGGCGCCUCCCGGCCCAGUCUCUGCCCGGCCCAGCCCUGGCCCAGCUUGUCUCCCUCCCUCCUGCUCGGUCCCCACCUCGGCUUCCACCCUCCUCGACCGCGACCCGCGCGCUCAGCCCGGCGGCGCAAGGGCCACCAACCACUCCAGGGAGCGAGGGAGACCGCGAGCCAUCGGCCCACCCCGAGUCAGCCAGGGCGGGACCCCCCGAAGCCCCGGAGGGACCCCCCGAACGAACUCUCAGCCACGUCCCGAUCUCCGCCCGCCCAGCGACGGCCACUGCCAGGACGUCCCCCCUCAAGGCUGGCCUCCCCGCGCGCGCGCUCUGCGGCGGGGACGUGGGGGCCGCACCUGAGCGCGGGUGCCCGGCGCGCCUGCAUGGGCCAUCGCUGAGAAGCCCCCGACGGAAAGUCCCAGCAGCAGAGUCGGUGUGCAUCCGCCCAAGGGAGGGUCAGACCUGGGGGGGCCAGGGCCCCCCAAACUCGGAUCGUAUUCAGCCAAAGUGAGGCGGCGCCAUGGAGCUCAGAGCGCUGCUGUGCUGGGCGUCCCUCGUCACCGCUUUAGAAGAGACCCUGCUGAACACGAAACUGGAAACCGCGGAUCUGAAGUGGGUGACUUACCCUCAGGCAGAGGGCCAGUGGGAGGAGCUGAGCGGCCUGGAUGAGGAACAGCACAGCGUGCGCACCUACGAGGUGUGCGACAUGAAGCGUCCUGGGGGCCAGGCCCACUGGCUGCGCACCGGCUGGGUCCCCAGGCGGGGUGCUGUCCACGUGUAUGCCACGCUGCGCUUCACCAUGAUGGAGUGCCUGUCCCUGCCGCGCGCCAGUCGCUCAUGCAAGGAGACCUUCACCGUCUUCUACUAUGAGAGCGAAGCUGAUACCGCCACUGCCCACACGCCGGCCUGGAUGGAGAACCCCUACAUCAAGGUGGACACGGUGGCUGCAGAGCAUCUGACCCGGAAGCGCCCCGGGGCUGAAGCCACCGGUAAAGUCAACAUCAAGACGCUGCGCCUGGGCCCGCUCAGCAAAGCCGGCUUCUACCUGGCUUUCCAAGACCAAGGAGCCUGCAUGGCCCUGCUCUCCCUACACCUCUUUUACAAGAAGUGUUCCCGGCUGACCAUGAACUUGACCUACUUCCCAGAGACCGUUCCUCGGGAGCUGGUGGUGCCCGUGGCAGGCAGCUGUGUGGCCAAUGCUGUCCCCACCGCCAGCCCCAGCCCCAGCCUCUACUGCCGGGAAGACGGCCAGUGGGCUGAGCAGCAGGUCACCGGCUGCAGCUGUGCCGCAGGCUACGAGCCUGCCGAGGGCAACAAAAUCUGCAGAGCCUGUGGCCAGGGCACCUUCAAGCCUCAAAUAGGAGAGGAGCCCUGCCAGCCGUGCCCAGCCAACAGUCACUCCAAUAACAUCGGCUCUCCUGUCUGCCUCUGUCGCAUUGGGUACUAUCGGGCCCGGUCGGACCCCCGGAGUUCACCUUGCACCACCCCACCCUCUGCUCCAAGAAGUGUGGUCCCCCAUCUGAACGGUUCCUCCCUGCACCUGGAAUGGAGUGCUCCCCUCGAGUCCGGAGGCCGAGAGGACCUCACUUACGCUGUACGCUGCAGAGAGUGCCGCCCUGGGGGCUCCUGCUUGCCCUGUGGAGGCGAUCUGACCUUUGACCCUGGCCCUCGGGACCUGGUUGAGCCCUGGGUGGCAAUCCGGGGGCUGCGUCCUGAUGUCACCUACACCUUUGAGGUCGCUGCUCUGAAUGGCGUGUCUACCUUAGCCACCGGACCAGUUCCCUUUGAGCCCGUCAAUGUCACCACUGACCGGGAAGUGCCCCCUGCAGUAUCUGACAUCCGAGUGACUCGGUCAUCACCCAGCAGCCUGAGCCUGUCAUGGGCUGUCCCCAGAGCCCCCAGCGGGGCUGUGCUGGACUACGAGGUCAAGUACCAUGAGAAGGGCGCAGAGGGCCCCAGCAGUGUACGUUUCCUGAAGACAUCAGAAAACCGAGCUGAGCUCCGGGGGUUGAAGCGGGGAGCCAGCUACCUGGUCCAGGUACGCGCACGCUCCGAGGCUGGCUAUGGCCCCUUUGGCCAAGAGCAUCACAGUCAGACUCAACUGGAUGAGAGCGAGAGCUGGCGGGAGCAGCUGGCCCUGAUCGCAGGGACUGCAGUUGUGGGCGUGGUCCUGGUCCUGGUGGUGGUGGUCAUCGCUGUCCUCUGCCUCAGGAAGCAGAGCAGCGGGAGGGACGCUGAGUACUCAGAUAAACACGGGCAAUAUCUCAUCGGGCACGGUACGAAGGUCUACAUUGAUCCCUUUACUUAUGAAGACCCUAAUGAGGCAGUGAGGGAAUUUGCCAAAGAGAUCGAUGUCUCCUACGUCAAGAUUGAAGAGGUGAUUGGAGCAGGUGAGUUUGGCGAGGUGUGCCGGGGCCGGCUGAAGGCACCAGGGAAAAAGGAGAGCUGUGUAGCCAUCAAGACCCUGAAGGGUGGCUACACGGAGAGGCAGAGGCGUGAGUUCCUGAGCGAGGCCUCCAUCAUGGGUCAGUUUGAGCAUCCCAACAUCAUCCGCCUCGAGGGUGUGGUCACCAACAGCGUGCCAGUCAUGAUCCUCACCGAAUUCAUGGAGAACGGAGCCCUGGACUCCUUCCUUCGGCUGAAUGAUGGGCAGUUCACAGUCAUCCAGCUGGUGGGCAUGCUGCGGGGCAUUGCCUCAGGCAUGCGGUACCUGGCUGAGAUGAGCUAUGUCCAUCGCGACCUGGCUGCUCGUAACAUCCUCGUCAACAGCAACCUGGUCUGCAAGGUGUCCGACUUUGGCCUCUCCAGAUUCUUGGAGGAGAACUCUUCUGACCCCACCUACACAAGCUCCCUGGGAGGAAAGAUUCCCAUCCGAUGGACCGCCCCUGAGGCCAUUGCCUUCAGGAAAUUCACUUCUGCUAGUGAUGCCUGGAGCUAUGGGAUCGUCAUGUGGGAGGUCAUGUCCUUUGGGGAACGGCCUUACUGGGACAUGAGCAACCAGGACGUGAUCAAUGCCAUUGAACAGGACUACCGGCUGCCCCCUCCCCCAGACUGCCCCACCUCCCUCCACCAGCUCAUGCUGGACUGCUGGCAGAAGGAGCGGAAUGCCCGGCCCCGCUUCCCCCAGGUGGUCAGCGCUCUGGACAAGAUGAUCCGGAAUCCUGCUAGCCUCAAAAUCGUGGCCAGGGAGAAUGGCGGGGCCUCACAUCCACUCCUGGACCAGCGGCAGCCUCACUACUCUGCUUUUGGUUCUGUGGGUGAGUGGCUUCGAGCCAUCAAGAUGGGAAGAUAUGAGGAAAGUUUUGCAGCAGCUGGAUUCGGCUCCUUUGAGGUGGUCAGCCAGAUCUCUGCAGAGGACCUGCUCCGUAUUGGAGUCACCCUGGCAGGCCACCAGAAGAAAAUCUUGGCUAGUGUGCAGCAUAUGAAGUCCCAAGCUAAGCCAGGAGGCCCUGGCGGGACGGGAGGACCAGCCCAGCAGUUCUGACCUCCAAGGACUCACCAUGCCAGAGACAUGGCCUCUCCUCCUUUCCGGGGCAGAGUUGGGUGGGGACUCAUAGAGAUGCCCCUCUCCCCCAUCACAGUCUCCCAUUGGAUUGCACUUUGAACUGAGGGUGUCGGGAGUUGGUAAUCUUUGAGACCCAGGAUUUGGGGAGCUGUGCCAUAUGGGGUGGUAAGAAUCUUAUCUGUGCCCUCCAGGCGGGGAACCCCGAACUCAGAGUGAGUCUUUCCCCUCAAGCCUGGGCAAAGAAACCUCCCUAAUCUCCCAUCUUCCCAGAGGGCUCGCUCCCCAAGCGCCUUCCACCUCAGUGGGCAUGUCCCUGCAGACCAAAGAGAAAGGGUGACCAGCCUGCCAACUUGGGAGUGGAGAAUGUCCCAGGAGGCAGGAAGGGGCUGUCAGGACCCAGUGAUGUAAUCAUUGGAUUUUGAUGUCCUACCUUGCCGCUGUCACCACCAAAGGCAAUCAUUUCCCCCUUGUAAAUGCCCUCCCCUCAUCUGCCUUCAUAUUGAAGGUUCUGGAUUUUUACUGUUUUUAUUUUGUUAUUUUUUUCCCCUCCCUUUUCUUCCCCUUGUCCAGAUUUUGUGUGUUGAAGGGUACCUGUUUCCACUUUCUCCUGUUGGGAACAAGGACCCAUUGAUACGUUCUAGAACAGUGCCUUGGAAUGCCACAGCCCCAGACAGUACCUUUCCCUUCCCUCCCCCCAAGUGCCCCCAAGCUGUGUCCAUAAGUGGAGGGGAGGGGGGUGAGGUUAUAAAAGGGCAGGAGGGUGAUGGCAUUCAACAGAGGCAGACGUGUUCAGCAGAGGCAGACGUCGGUGCUUGGAAGGGGCUUCUUAAAUUAUAUUUAAAAAGAAACUUUUUUUGUAUAAAUAAAAGAAAAUGGGAUAUGUCCCAG